AUGACAAUGAUCACGAACGGCAAAUUGCAUGUGGAAAUUACAAGCGAAUGGAUUGUUAUGUUGCGACCAACACUCCACACAGAACACGCACGGGUAGAAUCCGCCUGCGGUAAGAAAUGGCUGGGCAAACGCUUCGACAGUUUGGCUCGGGCGGCUGGGAGCUUUAUGGUGGGUGAGUGGGACGAUGUGGAAGUGGCGCUGGUACCGAACAGCCUGCAGACAACACUCAGCACGCGCGCACCCAACCACACACAGAGACAUCUGGCUCAGACACAAACACCAGCCGAGACAGAUACAGAGAUACAUGCAGAUAGAGAUGGAGAUAGAGAUGGGGAUGCACGGACAAAUGACUGGGAAAGUGUACCAGAUGGCGCGAGGGGGUUGGAUGGGACGGAUGGCUGGACUGCAGGUGGCCGCAUACAACCACACCCACACACCCACCCACACACACACACGCCCAACACCGGGUCGUGUGAUAUAGAGACGUGCAGGCACGAACUCACAGUCAAACAGUGGUCUGAGUGUUUGGAGAAGGGUGGUGGCCUGGUACUGACUGAGCGUGAACAGUACAGCCUGGCUGCGUUUGGGUCCUCGUAUUCGAGCCUCUUCAACCAGAAAUGGUUAAACGGUUUGAUCUCAGAAGAUGAUAUGGUGGACAGCUUCACCGCGUUCCAUCCAGACGCGCGAGAGCGUUUCACGUGCUUUGAACAGUAUACGAAUAGAAGGUAUUUUAAUGAGGGAGCUCGCAUCGACUUCAUCAUGGUAGACAGACCUCUCUUUCAACAGUGUGCCUCUAUUGGACAUGCGCUACAGGGAAGACCCGGUCCAGAAGUUGAAGACAAGGUGCAGGGCAGGAUCAGCCCAGAAGUUAAUGUCCAGGUGUAUCCACAGAUAAAAAGCUCUGAAGAAACAAUACAAAAAACCUGCAACGGGGAGAGCAACCUAGCAACCGCCGCGCAGAGAAGUAUUCAGGAUCAACCCACCCGCUCGACUACCGACAACCCGAAUCAGGAAAGUACCGAACAUUCACAUACCACGGAUACCACAAACACUGGUCCUGGACAAGAACUCGCAGUAACACGCCUUGAAGCCCAGUCUAUCGCAGUAGGUACACCUGGCCCUAUAGCACCCACAGUACCGUCUUUUAAGGUGCCAGGGCAAGCCGACGCCAUGCACUGUGUGACUGCGGGGGGACUGUUUGUCCCGGCGCCGUUCGAUGGCAGUGGCAUGAUGGAGGCCCCAAGAAAGGCCUACGAGUUCCAUAUAAUAGCCCCCCAUACGGGGAUGAUCUACACGCCACCGAAGUUCUCGGACCAUCUCCCGGUGUGCUUGCUGCUGCAGGAUAGAGACGGGGCAAGGUGUUGUAGCCGUACGUGUGCGUGUGCGUGUGCGUGUGCAAAGACGGAUGUCAGUUCUCAACCUCUUAGAGACGCACAGGCACGUGAAAAGGAAUCGGCCGCACACGCCACUACAGAGACCCUCUGUACUCGUGCACGUCCAUGUACUAGUCCGUGCAUGUGUCCCCGUGCCUGUGCCUGUGCCUGUGCACGUGCCUAUGUGUGCAGGCGUAGCUCAACGACGACGACGCAGUGGAGCCAGUGGAAACUACCGAGGAAUAUAACACUGGACAAGAACCAUGCAGGCACCAGGCGCACACAGCCCUUUGCCGCACAGAAGAAGCUUACCGCGUUCUUUUCUGCGACUACCGCUGCUACAGCUACCGCUACAGCUGCUGGUGCAGGUAACGACCCCCCAGCGGCUGAAACAGGACAGUCCUCGCCUGCAGUACCUGCACCUGUGGACCUUGCGGAAGGGCCAACGGGUGCAGUCCAGGAGGAUAGGGAUGGAGAUGUUAACAACACACAUGUGCGAGAGCAGUCGAGGACAGUGGGAGAGUUAGGUGCUACAACGAGCGUCAACACAUUCGGCACUGUGGUAGUAGGGGAUGCGGGUGGUACGUCGGUGGGUAUAAGCUCAUCCGGAGACACAGGCAAGGCUAUGCCCCACAGGGAUGCAACUGUGACGGUAGGCAGCACAGCUACGCAUAGCACCGGGAAUGUAGGUGUGGAGGUUGUAGGUGCAGAUAGUGCAGGUACGGAUAAGGUGGGUAGACGCAAGCCUGCUAUCAGUAGUCGAGAUGAGGCGGCUAUCUUUGCAGCACGCAUGAUGGACAAAAGUUUGUUGGCGUCUGAGCGCAGAGGACAAGUGAAGCGCCGCCAAGCGCAACAGAAACAGGGGACUAUUACCAAGCGGGACAAGUCCACGAAGCAGAUGGUAGGGAUGGGGAUAGGGAGGAACGGGGGGAGUAUUGGCAAUGGAUCGGAUGCUAUUAAUAGAACGGGUGGGGAUGGUAUUGGAUUGGGUGCUAUUAAUAGAACACGUGGAGGGGGUGGGGAUGGAGUGCGUGCCGUAGAACCAGCGCAGCGCAAGGCUAAGGCCCAAAGAAGGAAACAGGCGGGGAAAAAGAGCGGCGGCGUGCAAGCGAGUAUAUUGGGGUUUUUCGGGAGCUAACGUAUACCUUGACUAUAGGCAUGUACGUGAACUGUAGCUGAAUGAAAACCUGGUUUAUAUACCGCACGUAAGAUUUACGGGCCAAUAUAUACCUUGAC